AUGUGGAAGGCCGCAGUGGGCCACAACGUGUCCGUGAAGGUGGAGGCGGAAGGAGAUGAUUGGGACACAGACCCCGAUUUUGUGGCCAACGUCUGCUUUCAGUUCCUAAUUCCGCUUCUCGCUCCCUUUCGCCCUCUCUGCAGCAUCCACAAGCUGAGGAGCAGAGUGUCUGAGGAACACCAAGUUCUCAAGAAGAAGGAGCUGGAGUCGGGGCCCAAGGCCUCCUAUGGCUACGGGGGCAAGUUUGGGACCGAGAAGGACCGGAUGGACAAGAGUGCCCUGGGCCAUGGGUACGUUGCUGAGGUUGAGAUGCACUCCUCUCAGACGGACGCGGCCAAGGGCUUCGGAGGGAAGUACGGGGUGCAGAAGGACCGAGCUGACAAGUCAGCGCAUGGCUUUGACUACAAGGGCGAAGUGGAAAAACAUGCAUCACAGAAAGACUACGCCGUGGGCUUUGGAGGGAAGUUUGGCGUGCAGAAGGACCGUCAGGACAAAUCUGCCCUGAGCUGGGCGCACAAGGAGGAGGUGGCGCCCCAUGAGUCCCAGACAGAUUAUGCGGUGGGCUUUGGAGGGAAGUUUGGCGUGCAGAAGGACCGUCAGGACAAAUCUGCCCUGAGCUGGGCGCACAAGGAGGAGGUGGCGCCCCACGAGUCCCAGACAGACUAUGCGGUGGGCUUUGGAGGGAAGUUUGGCGUGCAGAAGGACCGUCAAGACAAAUCUGCCCUGAGCUGGGCACACAAAGAGGAGGUGGCGCCCCACGAGUCCCAGACAGACUACGCGGUGGGCUUUGGAGGGAAGUUUGGCGUGCAGAAGGACCGUCAAGACAAAUCUGCCCUGAGCUGGGCGCACAAGGAGGAGGUGGCGCCCCACGAGUCCCAGACAGAUCACGCCAAGGGCUUUGGGGGCCGUUACGGGGUGCAGAAGGACCGAGUGGACAAG